AUGACUGACCAUCCUGUAGGCAUGGCUCACUUAAGAGAAUUUGCCAGCCAGCACUCCAGGGUGGAUCCUGAGGAGCUGUUCACCAAGCUGGAGCGGAUCGGCAAAGGAUCGUUUGGUGAAGUGUAUAAAGGGAUCGACAACCGCACCAAGGAGGUGGUUGCUAUCAAGAUCAUUGAUCUGGAGGAGGCUGAGGAUGAAAUCGAGGACAUUCAGCAGGAGAUUACGGUGCUCAGCCAGUGUGAUAGUCCUUACAUCACCCGGUACUAUGGAUCCUACUUGAAGGGCACUAAGCUAUGGAUAAUCAUGGAGUACCUAGGAGGAGGUUCAGCGCUGGAUUUGCUGAAGCCGGGACCCCUGGAGGAGACUUACAUAGCUACUAUCCUGAGAGAAAUCCUAAAGGGUUUGGAUUACCUACACUCUGAGAGGAAGAUCCACAGGGACAUCAAAGCUGCCAACGUGCUGCUUUCGGAACAAGGAGACGUGAAACUGGCCGACUUUGGGGUGGCUGGACAGUUGACAGACACACAAAUCAAGAGAAACACCUUUGUCGGGACUCCAUUCUGGAUGGCACCAGAGGUCAUCAAACAGUCUGCUUACGACUUCAAGGCAGACAUCUGGUCCCUUGGAAUUACCGCCAUUGAACUAGCAAAGGGAGAGCCUCCAAAUUCUGACUUGCAUCCUAUGAGGGUUCUCUUCCUGAUUCCCAAAAAUAACCCUCCAACGCUUGAGGGUCACCACAGCAAGCCCUUCAAGGAGUUUGUGGAAGCCUGCCUCAAUAAGGAUCCUAGAUUUAGGCCGACAGCUAAAGAGUUGCUAAAGCACAAGUUCAUCACACGCUACACCAAGAAGACCUCAUUCCUAAUGGAGCUGAUAGAUCGAUUCAAGCGCUGGAAGUCGGAGGGCCAUGGAGAAGAUUCCAGUUCUGGCGAUUCCGAUAUUGAUGGAGACACAGAGGAUGGAGACCAGGGUCCAAUCUGGACAUUCCCACCAACUAUUCGCCCCAACUCCUUGAGCAAGCUGCACAAAGGAAUGGCUCUUCAUAGUUCCCAGAAGCCUACGGAGCCCAUCAAGAGGCAACCACGGUCGCAGUGUCUCUCCACGCUUGUUCACCCAGUUUUCGGGGAGCUUAAAGAUAAGCACAAGCAGACUGGAGGCAACGUGGGAGCUAUGGAGGAGCUGGAGAAUGCCUUUAGCUUGGCCGAGGAGUCCUGCCCUGGCAUCUCUGACAAACUGAUAGCACACAUGGUGGAGCGGGUACAAAGGUUUUCACACAGUCGGAACCACCUGACUUCUGCCCGCUGACACCUGCGUUCCCUGCGGCUGUCUUGAGGGGGGAAGGAUUUUUUUCCAGCUUCGUAAGAACUACAUCUCUAAUCCAGCCCAUCUGCUGUUGGAUGUAACGUUGUGUUACGGACUCCAGGACAUUUCAGAGCCUUCAUAUUACACGUGUUUCCAUGAUAACCCAGGGUGGGGUUUGCGAUGCAAGUACAAUUUAGACCUUUUGCAGAACCCGAGAUGGGUGGUCUAAUUGUUUUUACGAUGUAAUCAAUGCAGUUUUUAAUUGUUUCCCUAUGGAUGUAUCCAUUUUGGCUUGGUUUGAUUCACAGCUUGUUACUGGUAAAUGCCUGGCUGCUGGAAAAGAGGGAGAUUCUCUUCCAUUGAGAUAUCUUUCUGAUGGAUUUAGCCUCCUGCCCUUCCUAAAGAAGUGUUUGUGAGCAGUGAUGUGUGAGUGCAGGUAUGUUUGGAAGCUCUCCACACGUUACAGCCUCUGGGAAAGUUAGAGCAGCUCUCCAGUUGUUCUGGAGGAUUGCUUCAACUCCUUCACACACUCGGAAUGAAAAGCUUUCAAGUAGACCAGCAGCGGAGCUAAUACGCUGCUGCUCUUUCCCAGCUUGUUCCACAGGAGGAUGGGUUUGCUGACUGUACUUUUUUUUUGGCUCUGGGACAUCAUUUUGUGUUAGUCCUUGGUUCAUCUAAUGCAGGCAACAGCAGAACUGCCUUGGCUCUGCAGGGACUGGAAGGCAAAGUGGUUAUGUUUGGUUUGGGAGCUGGUGCAGUCCCUUUCCUUGCUGCUUUCUGCAGCUGGAGCAACUGGGUACGCAGGUUUGGCAGCU